AUGGGUCCAAUUGGACUAUGGCUGCUCGUGGCCCUCCUCACAUUUUCUUCCGCUUCCCGUGAAGAUCGCUUCGCCAACCCACCUAAAAAUUAUGAAAAACACCUCGUCUUUCGAAUUUUCCCAAACACCACCGAUCAAUUGGCGGCGCUGAAUUUGCUUUACAUGAAAUCACACGAGUAUGAGCUCGAUUUCUGGAAGGCGGCCACGGGUUUUGACCAAUUUGCCGAUAUCAUGGUCCGCGAGAGUCGGGCACUCGAUUUGGCCAGACGAGUGAACGAGACAAAGGCACAAUGGAAGAUUACGAUACCCGAUGUGCAAAAG